AACGUUCUCAUAGAAUUACAUCACAAAUCAAUGUCUCGUAACCACUAAAAAUUCUUUCGUUAUGGAUAGUACCCCUUCACCUUUCUACCCUCAUCUUCCAUUUUAAAUUACAAUAAUUGUUAUCUCUUGAAUUCGCAAUUUCCCUCUAUCAAAGAGACGCAGCUGUCAGCAACGUUACGAUUUCACAGAGGGAUUUCAUAAUUCCUAAAUCAUGCAUAGAGCAUCGAUAACAAUUCAUUUUUUACUAAAUAAGAAGAAUAAUAUCCUCUUUGUCUCCACUCCACUUCUUUUUCAUCUUUUUCAUUAAACGACCACAUGUAACGAUAAUAAUAUGAAAUAAACACAAAUUACACGAUCGAUGAAUAGAGAAUAUCAAUAGAUCAAAGUGACUCGCCUCCAUUGCGAUAAUCAAUAUGCACUCUGUACUGGUAUAGUUCGAUGUACGAACGUACCAGCCAGUUUAUUAAGUAAAAACGAUAUGAAUUUUCUGGAAAGCGACGUAUCUGUCAGCCUGACAUCAAUUUUUAUGAAGCUCGUGGGAAUAUGGAUGGCGGGCAACCAAUACGAACAACGGAUAAGAAACAUCACUGUUAUUUACAGCUUGGUCGCCAUUAUUUUCGCUCUGUGGAUACAAUCUAUGAAUAUAUUUUACUCAUGGGGAGAUUUUAGCGCUUGUCUCUUCUUUAUCUCCAAUAUUCUGUCGUCGAUUAUGCCCUUGUUGAAGAUAAUCAUUCUAUUUAGUCACAGAGAGGAUUUUUUCCGUUUGAUCCUGUACAUGAAAAGGAAUUUUCUGGAAUUACGACAUUAUCGACUACGAGAGGAAGAUCGUGAUCGGUUGCAAGCGGAAGUGCACCUUCUUCAUUUGUUUCUUUACGUUUCUUACAAUGGCGACUGUUGCUUCUUACAUCUUCAGUCCAAUUAUCGAAAAUAUUGGAAAAAACGAAUCAGACAGAAUGCUUCCAUUCAACAUGUGGAUUAACUUACCAUUAAAUAUAACUCCAUAUUUUGAAAUUACGUACGCUUUACAGGCAUUAUCCUUAUAUCACAUUGGGGUGAGUUACUUCUGUUUCGACAAUUUUUUGUGCAUUAUGAAUUUACACGUGGCUGGACAAUUUCAAGUGUUGCAACAUAGAAUUUCCAACAUAAUAGAUUCGAUCGAUAAUGAGAAAGAAGAGAAAAAGGAGAAAUUAAUUGUGGACUCGUCCUACUUUGCAAGUAAAUGUUAUGCCAUUUUUAAGAAGUGUAUUCGCCAACAUC